GUCGGCCUAGCCAGCGAGCUAACUAGUUUGCUAGCGGCUAACUCAAGGAGGACCGUAACGACCCACACCCUACAGGCAAGACAGCUCGCCUGUUCGGUAUUAGAUCAGGGAAAUGAUUCUGAUGUGUGUGUCAAAGGCGUCCAGACUCGUCCCAGAUCGUUGACUCCCUGGUUGUUUUGAAUUUCCAGAAGUGGGAGGACGUGUUUCAUUUGACCACCGGAGGGCAUUGAGGUGACAGCUGUGUGUUUAGCAACAUCAGGCUGUUGAACAACUCUGUUUAUGAGUAAAGGGACAUCCAACAGCUGACCCAUAGAGCCAGCAGGUGAAAGAAGACGGGAGCACAGAGGGAAAACCGGACUAAAAUGCAUCAGACUACAUAACACCACUGAUGCACAUGGCUUUGUUUAAGAGAUGCAUAAUGGGAAAGGAGGUCUAUCUGCAGAGAAUUUGGAGGUGGGAGAGGCCUCUACACCCAGACUCGGCCAAGUGCGGUGACACCUCCAUGACAUACACAGGGCUUCUUUUUGGAAUGAGUUGAUUUUGUCCUCAUAUUGACACAAAGACUGACGGCAGGGGUCUCGCAAAAACUAGGGGACUCUGCUUGACUAUUUGAGUUAUUUUACUUGUAAAGGCAAGGCUAGACUCAUUUUUUUUUAAAAACAUUUUUUAUCAGCCUUUUGAAAAUAAAUUGCAGUUGGACUUUUGUUUUUUUUGGACUUUUGUUUGAUGUUAAGCAGCUUCCCGCAACUGGUUUGGAAGUGAAUUUGUUGUUUAGUUGUUUUCCCCUGCUGACUUAGUUUGAAGCGCUGUCCCUUCUGCCGCCAUCCUCAGUUUCUUCCACCCACCCAGUGCCUAAAUAAGCCCUCUCGGGACAAUCGCAGAAGUCAUCAGCAGCUGCUGCGCUCAAUCCUCUGCCUGUUCUCCUCUAUGUGCUUCUGCUCUUCUCCUGCUGGCUAUCCACCCACUACCUCUUUCAGUUUCUGUUCUUUUUGUUUUUAUAUUCAUUUUCUCUGAGAGGCACAAUCAGAACUCAAGCACAGUGGCGAGAGUUAACGUAAACACUGAGUUUCAGGAGUGUGCGAGUGUCUGUGCUUUUGUGUUCAAGCACUGAAGUGUUACGGUUUCACUGGUGCCAGGGAGCAGUAAGAUUAGAUUUAUUUAUAUUGUCGCACCAAAUACAGUUACAUUAAAGCCAUACAAAAAUAUUUAUGAAUUACCUACACAUAUUUUUGUAUCACAUUGCUCUUGUAUAGUUAUGCUUUUAUAAGCCUCUAUUAAGAUUAUGCACACAAAUUAAAUAUUUACAACAAGCGUUACACAUGCAAGUAACGCUCUAUAUUGCUAUAUAAAAAAAAUCCUCUGAUUUUGAGUGAUUUAUAUAAGUGCCAGGAGACAUUUAGCGUCUGGACACUCUCAUGUUUCCAUUCAGUUGCUGCUUUGCAUAGUGUUUUCAUAGCGUUGUCUGUAGUCAUGGCCCCUCCUCCCACAAAAUCCCCAUAUUCGCCAUUUUGACCUGUAAAGCACCCUUUACAGUAGGUAGACCGAAGAUAUCUACCUCUCUCUCUGUCUUCCUCCCCUCUCUCUCUGUUUCUGAUGCCGGGGUUCAGUGGUGGGGGGGUUGGGGGAGGAGUAGGUGUCCCUGCUUCUGCUCCUCCCCGUCCAUUUCGACCCAGCCGAUAUGUCCCGGUGUCUGCAGCCACCACUUUCCUUGUCGGAUCCACCACCCUCUUCUUCUGCUUCACGUGCCCAUGGUUGUCAGAGUAUCUCUCCUCUGUCAUUCCCAUCUAUAUUGCCGUGAUCUUCCUCUUCACCCUCGCCAACUUCUGUAUGGCCACUUUCAUGGACCCUGGAGUCUUCCCCAGAGCGGAGGAGGAUGAGGACAAAGAAGAUGAUUUCCGUGCUCCACUCUAUAAGACGGUGGAGAUCAAAGGGAUCCAGGUGCGCAUGAAGUGGUGCUCGACCUGCCGCUUCUACCGCCCGCCACGCUGCUCACACUGCUCAGUCUGCGACAACUGUGUGGAGGAUUUUGACCACCACUGUCCUUGGGUGAACAACUGCAUUGGUCGGAGGAAUUAUCGUUAUUUCUUCCUCUUCCUGAUAUCACUUACCACACACAUCAUCAACGUAUUUGGCUUUGGCUUGGUUUAUGUCCUGCACCACCGCCAGCAGCUGGACACGCCACAUGCUGCUGUAACUAUGGCUGUUAUGUGUGUGGCUGGUCUGUUUUUUGUCCCAGUUGCUGGCCUCACUGGGUUUCACAUGGUGCUGGUGGCCCGUGGUAGGACCACAAAUGAACAGGUGACAGGGAAGUUUCGGGGAGGUGUUAACCCUUUCACCAACGGCUGCUCGAAGAAUAUUUCUCACGUGCUCUGCAGCUCCCAGGCUCCCAGAUACAUGGGCCGGUGGCGGAGCCCUCAGGCAGUGGAUGUGCAGCCACCAUUUCUUAGACCGUCUCUCACUGAGGCGCAGCUAGAAGCCAAGGUCCUGGACAACGGCAUCCAGAAUGACCGACACAGCACCAGGUCCAAGAGCAGUCUGGAUCAGAUGGAGAGCCAGUCAGCUGAUGCAGAGCCUCCACCUCCUCCAAAGCCAGAGCUUCGUUACCAUGGCCUGCCCCGGGCUGACACGGAGGAGAGCAGCUUGUUGACUGACGCUCCACCUACGCCGUCAAUGUACAAGUACCGACCAGCCUUCAACAGCCCAGGAAGGAACCACACUGCCCUCACACACCCCAACAAGAUGAUUCGUGGGGAGAGUCUUGACUCUCCAUCUCCCACCAUCCUCCAGUCCAGCCGCCAGCCUAGCUACCGCUCGGAGCCGAGCAGCCUGGAUGGGACCACAGUGGUGGGGGGAGGUGUAGGGGGGCGCAGAGGGGGAGUGGAGAGGGGUGAGGGCCCUGGAGGCCCUAGCGGGACUGCUGGGGUGAUGUCAGGGGGCAUGUCAGGUUACUCCCUGACUGGGCGCUCCUACACCUCCUACCCAUCCUCUCUGGUUCUGUCCACUGGCGGCUCUCGCUCCUCCAGCCUGCGCUCAGCACACACUGCACACAACCCACUGGCCACGCUCCAAUCAGAGGGCACCACAGACACCAGCUACAAAAGCCUGGCCAAUCAAACCCCUCGGAAUGGCAGCCUGUCCUAUGACAGCCUUCUGACACCAUCCGAGAGCCCAGAGUUUGAGUCGGCCGCUCAUGAGCUGUCGCCGCAGAAGCCUCGAGCUCUGUUUCCCUCAGCGACUAUAACAGGCCAGCCCGAGGUGGUGUCACCCAGUAGCCCGCUGCAGGGCUACACGUCGCCCUUCCUCUCAGCUCAAAUUGCCCAGCAGAGGGAGGGGCAGCUGCUCCAGGGCUCUGCCACUUUCUCCUCCCCCCACAGGGCUUACUUGCGUGCCGUCAGUCCGCCUCCUCCCUCCUCCUCUGGGCUUCCUGAGACCCAGCACCUGCUCCAGCAUAACCAGGACUCCUCUUCCCGAGCCCCUCGUAACCUUUCCUCCUCAUCCUCUUCCCCUGGGGCUCGCUCACUAGAGCCCCCUGUCUCCCCACCACCUCGCGGCCUCUCCCUCGGCAAGUCCCAGACUUACAUUGGGGAGGCAGGGCCUCAGCACAAGCCUCGGCCCACAGGAGGAGGCAUUGUGCUGGGAGGGGGAGGAGCCGGAGGAGGGCAACAGGCUCCACAAUCCACCUCUCGUCCAGUCUUGGCCAAUCACACCACAUCCAAACCAGGUGGCGGAGUGAAGAAGGUGACAGGUGUCGGAGGGACCACUUACGAAAUAUCAGUUUGAGUGACAGGCAUCCUUCACGGAGUGGGAACACUCACCGGACUACUUCCACUUGUCUUUUCCCUGAGCUGAACAUUAUUCACGACUGCAGGCUCCUGAAAAAUGACUUUUUUUCUGCUGCAAAGGACUAAAGGAGCAGGCCUGUCUGUUACUCAAUUUGUUAUAUUUGUACGCCACUGGCUACUCUUCUCUGCUAGCCUUUCAGAUUUGAACAAAGAGUAAAAGGGGACACCUAAGUUUUCACAGGAUCAAGUCUUCUCCAUUCAGCCACUCUGUGAGCCAUAGACUGAUGUGAUUGUACGAUCACGGCUGGGUACAGAUGUCUAGAGAACAUGCAUAGCUAUCCAAUGAGUUGCUGUUUUAUUUUGGUAGAUUAGCACACAGAGUAUUGACCACCGUGUGUGACACUUCAGGAAAGGAUGGCCUUUAUCCAGUGGAUGUAGGAUUUUAAGAGGGAGGAUUUGUUGACCAAUAGAAACGUUUUCUCCACUUUCUGAACGGACCACACAACCUGUUUAUCGAUGAGUCAUGGAGAGAAGAGUCCAACCUAUAAACCCGAUCGUUUUACUUUUAUAAAUCUUUUUUUUUUUUUUUAAUAUUGUUUUAUAUAAAUGUAUAAAAUCUUGCAGAUUAUUAUUGGGUCAACUUGUCAGGUAUUGAAGAUGACUAUGGAUGAGGGUGGCAGAUGUGUGUAAUUAUUCAUGAAAGCGAUAUCAAAUCAGUUGCCUGUUUGUAUUUAAUGGCUGCAUCAGCCACUCGUGAGCUCUUGCUGGAAUUUCAUCGUCCAAAGAGAAUGAUGAUCGCUUGGUGGACAGCUGAAGUGGCAAAUAAUUGAGCUUAAUUUUCUGAAAGCCACAAAGAAAUUUUAAAUCACGGUUGCAGCACAAGCAUCUUUGUGGAAUGUACGCUUGUAAUGUUUAUGCUGGAGACAUUAUGCAAAAUCUGUUAGUAGCUUUAAGAUCAUUGUAUGUCUUUUUGCUGUUUUGUUUUUUUUCCUGUUAUGUUCUGUCUGUCAAUCAAGAUGCAGAACCUUUACCAGAUGGCCAGCCAAAUAGGGGCAGCAAGGGAAGGGCUUAUUUAUUUCACCAGACAAGACAACCUUGUAGUUUUGGGCACGAUUUCAAACCAGUCUCUGCCAGUGUCUGUUCUUUCUUUUUGAGAUAAAAAUAGGAAGUAUGAAUAUUUUUUAUGAAAAACUUUAUAAAUGAAAUCUUAAAUGCAAUAUGCCACUGAAUAGAAUUUCAAGGUGGGACUGGUUUGCAAUUCGACUGUGUUGAUUGUUCAUUUUUUGCCUUGAGACCGUAGUUAAGCAUGCACAUUUAAUUUUUUCUAUUGGUUUUGUAUUUUUUACACUUUUCUGAGGAAAAACAAUGUAAGGCAGAUAAGAUUUUAUUUGAUUGACUUAUAAAACUUCUGUAAUGGUACAGUUGUAAAACAUUUUUUACCCCACAGCCAUGUUGAGAAAAUAAUAGAGAAAGGGAGGCGUGUUUGGGAGUUUCAGGAUUGGGCAUUACACUUAAUUUAUUUUUUUCUAUCAAGGCGUUGUUAGCUGUAGAAUGUCAAAACUGGCUGAAUGUAGCACGUCUUAGAGGAAAGUACAUGCUUGAAGCACACAAGUAUCAUCAUUCAACCCAAACGAUCGUGUUAUGAGUUUUCAACCCUUCCAGGCUAUGUCUUCGGUGUGCAUGUGAUUUUUGUUUGUCGUGCUGAAUGCUUCACUGGCGUGCGUACUUGUGAGAAUAUUGUCAAAAGCCCACCAGGUCGAUGUGUGGGUGGUAACAAAAAGAGAAGCAUCAUUAAUGACACCGCAGCCCUCGUACGGAGAUAAAGAGAACCUGUGUUACUUUUCUUCUUGCUCUGGCCAAGGCUGAUGGCCACUGAACAAUUUGAAAACUGUGAGUACAGUAUGUAUACUUCUGUGAGAUAAAAUAUCGCUAUUGUGGGCUGUGACAAAAUGGAACGAGUUUCAAAAAUAUCUGUAACGAGUACAUUAAAGACAUUUCCAAAAUGGCCUUAUAAAGAAUUUUUAAAAAGAUGUCUUCUCAGAAUAAAAAGGUCAAACUAA